AUGGAGAUAUUUGAUUUUAGCAAACCAAAAAACAUCAAAAAAGUCAAAGCUGCGAAGAAGGUUCUUGCAAAAGCACCUGGAGUCAAUAAAUAAUAAUAGAAUAAAGAAUAUUACGAUUGGGCAUUAGAGAGAAUAACUCAACUAUUGAUGGAACAUAAUCUUCCUUUAGCCACACCAACCAGAAAGCUACUUGAAAGACCAUAGAUUUGGUUGUUGGGACCAAAAAGAAUUUUAUGGAGGAAUUUUGUACCAUUUUGCAAUGAAAUCAAUAGAGAAGUUUAACAUGUCAGCCAAUACUUUUUCCUUGAAUUGGGUACUGAAGGAUCAAUAGCAGGUGAAUCAUUGAUUAUUAGAAAAAAGUUCACAAGUACUAAAAUUGAAACAUUAAUAAAAUAAUAUUUGAAGGAAUAUGUCUUAUGCUCAAUGUGUAGAAGCUUAGCUACUUCUAUAAUGAAGGAUGUUGAGUCUAGACUCUACAUUCAAGAAUGUAAAAUUUGUAUGGCCACUAAAACAGUGCCAAAACUAAAGAUUUCGAAUAUGGAAUAGAUAUGA